ACUUGGUGGAUCUGCAAGAAAAAGUUUACUUUAUUAAAGAGAGUGAAAAGCCUCUCACACCUAAGAGAGUAGGAAAGAAAGAGCACACCGUUCCCUUUUCCACAGCUUUUAAUCUUAAAAACAAUGUAAUCCUCAGUCGCUGGGGGCAGAGCCCACUGCGGCGGGACCUCCCUCGCAAAACUGCCGGGAUCCUCUCGUUUCCACCCUGAGCAAAGCAGGCGCCUUCUCGAAAGGAGUGAAAGCCUCCCAGCUCGUCCGGCGGCACAGGAAUAGCCAUGUCCACGGGGAAGAUCUGCUGCCUGGUGCUGCUGACCCUGGGGGUGCUGGCGGUGGCCGUGACACUCGUGGUCAUCCUGACCCAGCCCCGGUGCGGUCCCCAGCGCUACCUGCACGGUGCCGUGGCCGCCGACACCGAGACCUGCUCUGACAUCGGCCGGGACAUCCUGAAAAGUGGAGGCACAGCUGUGGAUGCUGCCAUCGCUGGCUUGAUCUGCACCUCGGUGAUGAAUCCUCAGAGUUCGGGCCUGGGUGGUGGGGUCAUAUUUACCAUCUAUAAUGCCAGCACAGGAACAGUCGAGGUGAUCAACGCCCGCGAGACAGUCCCACAAGCGUUUCCUCACAAUUUACUGUCUGCCUGUGGCCCUGGUUUCCCCAUUGGUCCCCCCUGGAUUGCUGUGCCAGGAGAACUCCGUGGGUAUGAGGAAGCCCACAAGCGACAUGGCCGCUUACCAUGGAAAGACCUGUUUGAACCAACCAUCAAGCUCCUUUCAGAGCCACUUGUCGUUUCCCCCAUUGUGGACAAAAUAAUCAAUCACCCAAACUUCUCCAUUCCAGGAAAAAGCCUGUGCCCACUGCUAUGUGUUGGUCAAAGGUUUCUGAAGCGUGGAGAGACCUUCAGGUGGCCGGCGCUGCUGCGAACACUGCGAGCUGUAGCAGAACAUGGAGCUGCGGCAUUUUAUGAGGGACAGAUAGGAAAGGCUCUGGUGGAGGAUAUCAGGAAGGCUGGGUCCGGUCUCUCACUGGAGGACCUUCAGACGUACCGAGCAGAGGUGUCCUCGGCUCUGAACAUCACCCUCAACAACCACACCACGGUGUUUGCUCCGGGACCACCCAUGGGAGGUGCAGUGCUCAUGUUCAUCCUCAAGGUAUUGGAAGACUAUAAACUCCAUAAAGCAUCACUGGCAACACCUGAGGAGAAGAUAGAAACCUACCAUCACAUUGCAGAGGCCCUGAAGUUUGGCAACAUGCUAAGACCCCACAUGAGUGACCCAGCCUUCUCUAGAGCUCAGGUGACUGUGGGGACCAUGCUGUCUGACAGGAUUGUUGAGCUCGCCAGGCACCGAAUAGACGCUCGUGGUGACCACCCGCUCAGCCAUUACAACCUGAUGGAGUCCAUCUACAACGGCGAAUACAGAAGCAUGGGCACAAGCCACAUCUCCGUGCUCGCUGCAGAUGGCAGUGCCGUGUCCGCCACCAGCACCAUCAACUACCCGUUUGGCUCCUUUGUGUAUUCUAACCAAACCGGGAUCAUUUUAAAUAAUGAACUUGCUGAUUUCUGCAUAGCAAACAGAAGCAUUAACCCAGGAGAGAAGCCUCCCUCAGCAAUGGUGCCUUCCAUCCUCAUCUCCAAGACAGGAGACAUGCUGGUGAUUGGGGGAGCAGGUGGGGCCUGGAUUAUCAGUGCUACUACCAUGGCAAUCAUAAACAAGCUGUGGUUUGGCUACGACUUGGAACACGCCAUUUCAGCCCCCGUCAUGCACGCUGAGGGUGACCGUGUCCUCUUCGAGGAGCGUUUCAGUGAGGAAGUUAGGAGUGGCCUGCUGGGAAGAGGACAUAAAGAAAAGAAAGAUAAAUUUGUAAUGAAUGUUGUGCAGGGAAUUUCCAAGGAAGGAAAAUGCAUCUCCGCUUACUCUGAUAAAAGGAAGCUGGGGAAGUCGGCUGGAUAUUAGCAUGGAAUGCCAUCACAACUCCCAAAGCCACAGGAGAUAACUAGAUCCAGAACAUGCUUCCCUUGGACAUGCCCAUAACUGCCUGUUCUCACCAGGGUGCCCCCUGGAGCACAGGGCAAAACCUGUGACUACAGCUGAUUCCAGCAGACUGCAGGUACCCUCAGGCAAUGUAAGGAGAGGUCAGCCAGCCUUGUUUAGAGCUACACCUUCCAUUACUUGUGUGAUAUACUGAAAAACAUAUUUCUUGAGCACAUCAGCUACUCAGAAUGAGAGAAUAAAAAGUGGGAAAGGAAAAUUGGUCCAAACCCCACUGGGAACACUGUGAAAUGACCCAGCUGUAUCUUCUGUUCCUGCUGGAGUCUCGGUUAACAGUAGAAUUGGUUUCUUUCAGGCUGUUGCACAAGAAGCUUAUUACUACUGGGGCUCAGCAAUGUGAAAUACAUAACUAUUUUGGCUAUGAAGACUACAAGGAGUAUC